GAAGUGGAAGCAAUACAGAAGAUGCUCUCCAGCAAUGUUCGUGAGACAGUACUAUAGAUAUUAUGGCAGUUUACCAAACUCAAUCUCCAAGUUAGGUGUCUGGAGUAUUGUCAAUGAAACCCUGGUGUUCCAAUCAAUAUUUCGCUGAUACAGAACUUGCGUGGAGUCUGUCUCGCGUAUAUGCGUAGUAGCAGCUGCAAUAGUGACAGGGCUGAUGGAGAGGCCAAAUUUUACGCACGUUUUGAAGUUAAUAUCAUUUGAUUCUUCACCCGGGAACUGUACGUAUUAUAAAGAGUGACAUACAAACGGCUGGCUUCCAAACAGCUGAUUUCUUAUAUGGAUAUAGGCUUCAACUAGGCUUCAACUAGCAGAAAUCAAGUGUGUAAGUUGGACCAAAUGGCGGGAUUGCAUGGUUAGCGUGUUCACUUAACAAUUAAUUUCUUUGUGUAGCAUCUAUACUUGUUUUGCGUGUGAAAUUAGAUAAGAAUGAUUUUUUUGUAUUGGAAGACUGGAUCGAACCAAACAGGGCUACGAUGACAUACUCGCGCUACGUGUUUGAUAUGUUGUGCCAACAUAAAACGGUGAGCGUGGUGAUACUCAAAUGCUCGGGAAAUAGUUUUAUUUGUGUGGAAUCGUCCAAGGAAACGAGGCUUCUCGAUUCACUCCAGCCGACGGCACGUGGUCAUUGAUUCAAAACUCGAGAUGGAUUAUUAAACUUACAUCAGUUGCUUCAGUGAAAAUUACAUACUGGAAUUUUAAAAUAUCUGUUUAUUAAUCUGGGUUUUUUUCUUGUGUUGAUAUAUGCAUAAAUGUAACAAACGUCUAGGAGUCAAGUCAUGCUGGGUGUAUCUGUAAACAAAAAAUAGUCAAAUAUAGAAAUAUACGGAAAUAUUUAUCAGCUCCACAGUGUAUUAGAACACACCACUCCAUGUGACACGUGAAUAUGCUAUGAGCGUCUAAUAUAAGCGAGCAUACAGGUAACUAACCACUUAAAUCAAGGUGAGUUCUGUCGGCGUAUACAUGUGCCGUUUAACCUCCAGGUUAGAUAUGGAUAUUAUACCACACUGUGUACACAAGUUCAUUGAAUAUAACUAAGUAACAUUAGGGUCUGACCGGACGUCAGACACCAUUGAUUAGGCCACCGGCUGGACACUCGGCUUACCGAUGACGUGAAGUGAUAUUGUCCCACUGUCGACAUCGAGCGAUCAUAUGUACUUGGGCACGUAUAGAUAUAGUAUAUAUAGAUAUAGACAGAGCGUUUUAAAUUUAUCACAACGGAGCGAGUGAGGCACCCACUCACUGUAUAUCUGAUAUAGUCGACAGAAUUGUAUACCAUGUAUACCAUGUAGUUAUCAAUUUACAUGGACACUUCAGUGUAUCGCUUCGUUCGGUAUGGAGGCAUUUGGGCCGCGGCAGUUUAGUGUAGUGCUGUGACAUGGCGAGGGAAGAUGGGACAUUACAGUUGUAUGAUGUAAGCGUCGGGGGAAAACCGGUGGAUUAUUCCCCCGCUUUCAAGCACAACCAUGAAGAGUAUGAAAAGUCUCGUGAAAUCACGCAGUUCCCGGACACGUUCCCGUGCGGGCACGUGCUUUGUCACCAAUGCGUGCGUCGGUACGUCGCGCGAUAUCCUCUGUCUGCCUGGUGCUGUCCUCUUUGUGAUCGGGAAUUGUUCCAUAACAACAACCAGGGUGAAACCACCGUCUCAUCACAUAGAGACGAGGAAGACGAAUCUCUACUUGUAAAUUUGGACGAAAUAGUUCAAAAAUUUAAUGGUAUAAAUCAUUCAAUUCGUCGGAUAAAGACAGAGGAAGUACAGGCCAGGAGCGUGGGGGUCACGUACAGCGCAUGCCCGUGCGACAUGUGCGGCCACGAGCAUGGUAAGCUUAACGUCAUACAGGAAUAUAAUUGUCUUAAAGUUGAACACAAUCGACCAUCAAUAUCAGACAGACGCUUCUGUCGUCUUGCCAACAGUACAGUCGUAACAACAUUUCACAGCAAGAUCAACUCCGCAUGCGUGUGCGUGCCGUGCACGUUCCGCGAGAUCCAAGAUCAUCCUGAUCGGUAUUACGCCCUCACGGAGGGCACGAGUUACUACGAAGAUAAUUCGAAUGACUCAAACUACGCCCUCGCGGAAGUAGGCAAGUUACUGACUCGGCAUAUUACGCCAGUUAAGGCCUUGCAGGGCAAAAACAUGAUUGAAAUCGAACACAAUAUCCGUAUCAGUGAGAGAGGCGAUUGGUUUGACUUCCGGGACACCUCGGAACAGAUCAAACGAACAAUAGGAUCACAAGAGAAAAACUUGGUGAAGAUCGCCAGGAAACGGAUAGAGGACACUGGACAUCUAUAUCACGUGCAGGAAACUAACAGUGUGGAUUACGGGGCUGGGGAAACGGUCGUGUGAAGAAAGCGUUUUUGUUUUGUUUUCCGGGGUAGACCCGAAGGAAAUGUGUAAUAAUUUUCUGUCCUGGGACGAAACACGUUUAUGAAAAGAGUGAUCUGGUUUUUUUUCCAAAUGAAUGUGGUGAAAGAUGACGAAAUAUGGAUUACUGCUGAUUCGGAUAUACUGGUGAAUGUAAAUUGUACAGUAUGUACAGUAUACGUGUCUGUGUUUCUGAUGCAUUGUGGGACAUUUCCUUCCUUUUCUACAUCAACUUCAUUGUCUCUAAACGUCUAAACGUGUGUUGUUUUCAUCCCUAGAACUCCUACGAGGCUUUUGACCAAAAACAUAACUAUACUGCAUUAAGACUCGUCGAACUGAUGAAUCACGUGAUCAAGUAAAACUAAAAAAUCGGUUUGUCGCCGGGCAUUGAUGGUUCCGACACAAAUAUCAUGUGAACGAUGAACAAGGUAUGAAUCUCGUUUAACACGUUAUUGGAAAAUUAAAUUAAUUUAACUGAAUGUUACUACAGAAAAGGUGCUAUAUACAUAAACUUGCUGAUUUGUGGCAGGUGUAUGUACGUGAGAUGAUUUGUUAUGGUGACUUACCUGUGUAAUACGGUAAAGUUUACGGAUUUGAUAUGGUGGUGCUAUGGAAUACAUUUACUAUUAAUGUUGGUGACGAGAAGGUUGGUAUUUAGCAGCCAGAACACGGAUUUUUACAUUGUCUUACACAUGCCCCUCC